AUGACCAAAGAAUCCUGGGAGCUCAAAGCAAAACACGCCAGGGAUAUCCUGCAAAAAUCCAUCCCCAAGCAAUGGCUAGCACCGCCGGAGAAACUGCCACCGGCAGAACAGCUGGAUGUUCAUGAUUUCCCCAGAACCAGCGGCUUGCUUUCUGAAAAGGAGCUGUCCAUCACGGAGAAAUCGGCUACCGCUCUUGUGGCUGAUAUGGGAUCGGGAUCGUUGACUGCGGAGGAGGUUGUCGUUGCGUUUCUCAAGAGGGCCAUUUUGGGUCAUCAGCUGUUGAAUUUCGCAACCGAGUUUAUGGCCGAUAGAGCUAUUUCUCGAGCGAAAAAGCUUGACGAGUAUUUCAAGGAGACAGGGAAGCUGGUCGGGCCUUUGCAUGGCGUUCCGAUCAGUGUCAAGGAACACGUUGGGAUCAAAGGCCUUACGCAUAAUGCGGGUUUUGUGGCAUGGGUUGACGAGGUUGCCACAGAGGAUGCACUGCUGCUUCAGUAUCUGGAGAAAGCCGGCGCCGUCUUUCAUGUCCGGACAAAUCAGCCACAAUCUCUCAUGCACCUUGAUUGCACAAACAAUGUCACCGGAAUCACAGUGAACCCCUACAACCGCAAGCUCUCCCCCGGAGGAUCCUCCGGUGGCGAGGGAGCGUCCAUGGGAUUUAGAUGUGCGCCGCUGGGUGUUGGGACAGACAUUGGCGGCUCGAUCAGAGCACCAGCUGCAUUUUGCGGCGUGUAUGGUUUCCGUCCAACUGCUCUCCGGCUUCCCACGGGCGGUGCAAAGUCAGCCUCGUGCGGGCAGGAGUCUGUCAAGGCUGUCAUCGGACCGCUCGCAAGUCAAUGUGUUGAAGAUCUUGAACUUUUCCAACGAGCCGUCAUCGACCAGGAGCCGUGGGAUGUCGAUACGUCUUUGGUUCCAUUGCCCUGGAAGAAGAUUGAACCUACCAAGGACAUCACUGUGGGGAUUAUAUGGGAUGAUGGAAUUAUUGCACCGCAUCCUCCCAUCAUGAGGGGGUUGCAACAUGUAAAGGAGAAGCUUGUGGCUGCUGGGAUCAAAGUGGUCGAUUGGGAGCCGUAUAAGCACGAUGAGGGAUGGGAGAUAGUUUCCGCCCUUUAUUUCCCCGAUGGUGCCAAGAGCCAACUCGAAGUCCUGAAUGCGUCCGGUGAACCGAUCCUGCCUCUGACCCAAUGGGCCUUCAAAUACAGCCGCCCGACAGCCUUGUCCAUAAACGAGAACUGGGCAUUCAACAGGAGGAGAGAUGAAUACAGAGAUGCAUACCAGCGUCUCAUGAAAGAACGUGGAGUGGAUUUCAUCCUGAGCCCAACUUUCAACAGUGUCGCUGCCCUCGUGGGCGAGCCCCAAUACUGGAACUACACUGCCAUCUGGAACAUCCUGAAUCUGCCCUCGUCUGUCUUUCCGACGGGCCUAUACCAGGACCCAGCCAUCGACAAUCUCCCAGAGUACAAGCCGCGCAACGAAGAGGAAGAGCGAGAGUGGAAGAAGUACUCGCAGCCGGAACUGUACACGGGCGCACCCAUCUGCUUGCAGUUGUCUGGAAAGCCUUACAAGGACGAGGAGACGCUUGCAGCGACCAAGCUGAUAUCUGAGAUUGUCCUUUCGAAAUAA